AUGAAUCCAGAGUCGUAUACUCGUGCCUAUGAUGCUGUUAUUCAAGGCAUUCGACGACACACCAAUAAUACUCAAAUGAAAUACGUGGGAUUGUCUCUAGGAGGGCACAAUGAAUUCGAAUGGUAUCGUUAUUUUCUUAAUCAUUCAAAUCAUGCACCGAAUAUUCCACUUGAUAUGAUUGCAUAUCAUUUUUAUGCCUGGUCUGAAUCACGUACAGACCCAUUAGAUUACGAAGCACUUUUCGAACAACUUGACACGUUCACUUUUGAAGUUGAGCAAAUCGAAGAGAUUCGCAAGAGCCUUUCUCCAGAGACGCGGACAACCAUCGAUGAGUUGGGUGUUAUUCUCGCUGAUGAUAAUACGCCAGGUGUGCCUCAGUUUCCUCUAAUCUUUUGGAAUGCAGCUGGUGUAUUGUAUGCGUAUUCAUGGGCGAAAUUGUCACAACAAGGUAUCGAUGUUGUCGGGCAAAGUCAACUAGUUGGUUACCCUAAACUAUCGAAUCUUCAACUUCAACCACAAUAUCCAAGCGUAUCUAUGGUAAAUUGGACAACUGGUGCCGGAACAGCGAAAUACUGGAUAUCAAAAUUGUUGAUCGAUACGGCCGAAAUUGACAGUGAUCAAGCAGUGAGAACACAAACAUCAGAUCUAAACGGAAAAUAUGUGUUUAGUCAAGGAUUCAUCUGCAGAAAUGGUCAACGAUGGGUGCUGAUCAUCAACAAACGCUUUGCAAAUGUCGACGUAUUUCUACCUGGUGCUACUGGUGGUAAACUAGAAGUAGUAAAUGAAGCAUCAGGCUUCGGUCCAGCAAUCAUCACUGAAUUACCCUUGAGUCGAAUCACGCUAACACCCUUCGCCGUUGCUGUUGUUCAUAUGCCUCUCAUGGACGUCAAUAUUUAA